AUGAAUAACAAUACAGUCAAUCCCGCCGGCGGAAGAAACCAGAAGACCCGUGCGCCCUUCAAGCCCAAAUCCUCCAGCCGCGGCUCCAGCUCCUACCAGCUCAGACAGUAUGCCGAGCAGACACUCGGCUCGGGGAGCUUGAGGAAGGUUGUGAAGCUUCCGGAGGGGGAGGAUAUCGAUGAGUGGCUUGCUGUCAACGUCGUCGACUUUUACAACCAGAUCAACCUCCUGUAUGGAUCUAUCACCGAGUUCUGUUCACCGACGACGUGUCCGGAGAUGAAAGCUACGGACGAGUUUGAGUACCUCUGGCAGGACUCGGGCAAGUUCAGGAAGCCGACGAAGAUGCCGGCGCCGGAGUAUAUCGAGCACCUCAUGGCGUGGGUACAGGACUACAUCAACAACGAGGCCGUCUUUCCCUCCAGGAUAGGCGUUCACUUCCCCAAGAGCUUCCAAACCACCGUGCGCCAGCUCGUCAAGCGUCUCUUCCGUGUCUAUGCGCACAUUUACUGCCACCACUACCCGGUCAUUGUGGCGCUGGGGCUCGACCCCCACAUGAACACGAGCUUCAAGCACUAUGUGCUCUUCAUCAAGGAGUUUGAUCUCGAGUCCGGAAAGGACUUUUAUGGGCCGUUGAACGACAUGGUGGAGACCAUUCUGAAGACGGAUAACUAG